AUGCCGGCCGUCGCGAAUGAGAGACAUGACCAGCCUCUAGCAAAGAGGCAAAAGAGAGCCCCCGAUGCUCAACUCCGCUCCAAGCCCCGUGGCGGUUCCAAAAUCUUCGCGCCUUUCCGGACUCUAGGACUCGUCUCGCCGACCCCUGUCCCCUUCACCAGCGUGCGCUUGGGUAAAUCAACCUACCAGAUCACCACCUCGGUAGGCCACUCGCUGCAAACUUACGACUUGCGCAAAGGCCUGAACCUCGUCUUCCUCACUCGCCCGGAAACCCCAGAGAUUAUCACCGCGACCUAUGCCUGGCAGGAUAAGACUUUCGCCGCAUGGGGUCAUCUUCGACCCCGGUCGUCGGGAGGCAUUUGGGUCUUCAAGCGUGGCAAGCGAGUCGCUAGCCUCGACAGCCCGGGUCUCGACGCGCCCAUUGAACGAUUGAUGGUCUUUGGUUCGUGGGUGGUUGGUUGCUGGGCGGGCGGUUUGGAGGUUUGGAAGACUGGCACCUACGAACAUUAUGCUAGCUUGCGCCCUCGAUCUGCCCCGGACGCAUCGUCGGCGGAAUUGGUUUAUACAGGUGCCCUGUGCAACAUGCCAACUUACCUCAACAAGAUCUUUGUCGGCCGAACUGAUGGUGGUAUCGAUAUCUGGAAUCUUCGCAGUGGGAAGUUGAUUUACACUCUACCGGCGCCGUCUACAGAGGCUGGCCCCGUGACCGCAAUGCAGUCCACCCCGGCUCUUUCACUCCUCGCUGUGGCCCAUAAGAGCGGCGCCCUGUCAAUCCAGAGCGUUGACUCGGGUCAACUGGUUCUCAGUCUGCGGACAGCAUCUUCCCGUACUCCAGCCGUAACGUCGAUCACUUUCCGAAGCGACGGUCGGGGAGCCGGCCACGAUGGUCGACAGGCGGGCGUGAUGGCUACAGCAGCUAGUGGAAGUGGUGAUAUCACAAUGUGGGACUUGAACGAGGGUGGUCGUGUGGCUGGUAUCCUGCGUGGCGCCCAUCGAGUUUCGAGAAGCGAGUCCAGCAUGGGCGUAAACCGGGUCGAAUUUCUUGACAAUCAGCCCGUUCUUGUCUCGACUGGAGAUGACAAUGCUCUGAAGACUUGGAUUUUCGAUGAAUCUCCAUUCUCGCCUACUCCCCGACCUCUUCAUUCUCGCGGUGGCCACUCUGGCGCCGUCAGUGCUCUCGACUUCCUGCCCGCGGCCUCAGACGGCUCCGACUCUGGUGGCAAGUGGUUGCUCAGCGCUAGCAAGGACUGCAGCCUCUGGGGUCUCAGUCUGCGGAAGGAUAGCCAACAUACAGAGAUUUCUCAGGGUAACUUAGAAAGCAAGGCGAAGAAACUUGGACCGUCGGGCUCGAGCGCUGUUAUGGUGGAUGAGCUAAAGGCACCCGAGGUCACUUGUGUGGCUUGCUCGCUGAAUCGUGAUGGGGGUAUGGGAACUAAGUCUUCGGGCCCUAUCUGGUCGAACCCGAAGGGAGGAAAUGCCGAUGCCACCAGUUUAACCGGGUGGGAAAGUGUUGUCACUGGCCACCGAGGAGAUAAGUUUGCCAGGACCUGGUUCUGGGGCAAAAAGAAGGCAGGACGUUGGGCUUUUGCUACAAGCGAUGGAACUGAAGUCAAGAGCGUCGCAAUGUCUCAGUGCGGUACUUUCGCCGUUGUUGGAUCCGCAGGAGGCGCUGUUGAUAUGUUCAACAUGCAGUCCGGUAUGCACCGCCAGAGCUUCCCAUCCCGUUUGCCAAAGUCGGGCUUGGCGAAGCGCAACACAGUCACUCUAUCGUCUUUGAGUGCACAGGAGGCCAAGCACACCAAAGCUGUCACCGGUUUGAUGAUUGACAACCUCAAUCGAACCGUGGUCAGUUGUGGUUUGGAUGGCAAAGUCAAGUUCUGGGAUUUGCUCUCAGGGUCAUUAAUUGAUCAGCUGGAUUGGCAUCCAAUGGCUGCCGUUACGGGACUCCGCUACAGUAAAACAAGCGAGCUGGUCGCCUUCAGCUGCGACGAUCUUUCAAUUCGCGUGGUCGAUCUCGAGACCAGAAAGCUUGUCCGUGAAUUCUGGGGAUGCGUCGGCCAAGUAAAUGAUUUCAUCUUCUCUAAUGACGGUCGCUGGGUCAUCGCCGCCUCAAUGGAUUCCGUGAUUCGAGUAUGGGACCUGCCAACCGGACAUCUCAUUGAUAUUUUCCGCGUGUCCAGUACUUGCACUUCUCUCGCUAUGCCCUCUACCGGAGAGUUUCUGGCAACUGCCCAUGCAGGAAGCAUUGGCGUCAGCCUCUGGAGUAACCGCAGCCUUUUCAUGUCGAUAUCUACCAAGAAUCUCGACGAAGAUGUUAUUGAGGACGUUGGCGUGCCGACCACCUCUGGCGAAAGUGGUGCGGGACUUGUUGAGGCUGCUUUCGUGGACGAGACCGAACAGGACGACACGGAAGGACCUGUGCUCGCUACUGAUCAACUGCGCAAGGACAUGAUGACCCUCAGUCUGGUUCCUCGCAGCAGAUGGCAAGGCCUCCUGCACCUUGAUUCUAUCAAGGAACGUAAUCGUCCCAAGGAAGCUCCCAAGGCCCCCGAAAAGGCCCCUUUCUUCCUGCCAUCUCUUCACGGUAAAGACGCGACCUCCUCGCCCAACCCAGCCGCAGUCGCCGCCGACGCCGAAUUGGGCUCACUCGUGCAAAGCGCGGAGGCGGAGCGAUCCAGAGUCUCGAAGAUGAAGUCCGGGUUCAUUGGAUCUUCUGAUUCCCCCAUCACGCAGCUCCUGGAGUCUGGUCAUGAUUCCGGCAACUAUGAGCCAAUGAUCGAGCAUCUCAAAUCUCUUUCACCUGCCCGAGCUGAUCUGGAGAUCCGCUCCCUGGACCCGCGUGUGCAGAAUGGUUUCUCAGAGCUAGCCGGCUUUGUCGAUGCUCUGACCAUGCGCUUGAAAUCGAGAAGGGACUUUGAAUUGGUCAAUGCCUGGAUGGCUGUUUUCCUGAAGAUUCACUCGGAUACUGUUGGGCUCUGUGCUCGUCAGGAUGAGCCUGAGUACCGUCUGCUGCGGAAGGCUUUGAGCACCUGGGCGAAGGAACAGGAACAGGAAGGGAAGCGUCUGGCUGGAUUGGUGGGGUACUGUCGUGGUGUGGUGGGCUUCCUUAGGUCUGCACGCUGA